AACCCUAUAUAAACUGUAGCAAAGAAGAGGAACCUGAAGAAAUACAGAAAAGCAGAUUGUGUCCAUUGAACUUAGACGCGCUUACUGAAACCUAGCGUACUGAAACCUAACCCGGACGUGUUCCGGUUGAGAAAACAGGAUUGCAUACGACCCGAUAAGUCCGCAGUUUCAAGUGUAGAAUUUGUUGUGGUUCUGAAAGAAACUCACAUCAACCCAAAUUGAUCACUGCAGGAGUAGCAUGUGCUAGCUUCCCGGGUUUUGUUUGUUGAUUGCUCUUCGAUCCUUGCUGAAGAUUCUGUGCAAAAUGGAUUUGGUAGCUAGUUGCAAGGAAAAAUUGCAAUAUUUUCGUUUGAAAGAGCUCAAAGAUGUGCUCACUCAAUUGGGACUCUCAAAACAGGGAAAGAAGCAGGAUCUUGUUGAUAGGAUAUUGUCUAUUCUUUCAGAGGACCAAGCUUGCUACUUUUUCCCAGUUUCUAAAUUGUGGAUCAAGAAGAAUGCAGUUGGAAAACAACGAGUGGCCAAAUUAGUGGAGGACACAUAUAGAAAAUUGCAGGUAUCUGGGGCCAUUGACCUGUCAUCGAAGGGACAGGGCUCUGAUAGCAGUAAUGUGAAAAUUAAAAAUGAAAUGGAGGAUUCCUUUCUAUCAGAUACUAAGAUUCGCUGUCUCUGUGGAAAUGUAUUGGAUACGGACCCAUUGGUCAAGUGUGCAGAUACAAGAUGUCAUGUGUCGCAGCACAUCAACUGUGUUGUUAUUCCAGAGAAACCUACGGAUGGAACCCCACAUGUUCCUGAUAAAUUCUACUGUGAAAUAUGUCGAGUUGAUCGGGCAGACCCGUUCUGUGUUUCAGUGACACACCUUUUGUUUCCGGUGAAGUUGACAACAACCAAUAUUCCCACUGAUGGAACCAGCCCAGUACAGAGUGUGGAAAGAACGUUUCAACUCACUAAAGCAAACAAGGAGUUGGUAUCGAAACCAGAAUAUGAUGUUCAGGCUUGGUGUAUGCUUUUGAAUGACAAGGUUUCAUUCAGGAUGCAAUGGCCACAAUAUACAGAUUUAAAAGUCAACGGUCUUCCUGUUCGUGCAAUUAACAGACCCGGUUCACAGGUGCUUGGGCCUAACGGUCGUGACUCUGGUUCAGUUAUCACACCAUAUUCAAAGGAUGGAAUUAAUAGGAUUUCCUUGACAGUGGUGGAUGCUCGCAUAUUCUGUUUAGGGGUUCGAAUUAUUAAAAGGCUCACCGUGCCAGAGAUUCUAAGCAUGAUUCCAGAGGAGCCUAAUGGUGAGAGUUUUGAAGAUGCUCUUGCACGUGUUUGUUGUUGUGUUGGGGGUGGUAAUGCAAAUGAUAAUGCUGAUAGUGAUAGUGAUUUGGAAGUGGUUUCAGAUACUUUUAGCAUCAAUCUUCGUUGCCCAAUGAGUGGUUCAAGAAUGAAGAUUGCAGGAAGAUUCAAACCUUGUGUUCACAUGGGCUGUUUCGAUCUUGAAGUUUUUGUUGAAUUGAAUGAACGAUCAAGGAAGUGGCAGUGCCCCAUAUGCCUUAAAAAUUAUGCUUUGGAGAAUAUCAUCAUUGACCCUUACUUCAAUCGCAUCACUACUCUGAUGAAAAAUUGUGGAGAAGAGAUUACAGAGGUCGAGGUGAAGCCUGAUGGUUUUUGGCGUGUCAAGGUUAAGAAUGAAAGUGAACGUCGGGAGUUGGGAACUCUUGCUCAUUGGCACCGUCCUGAUGGAUCCCUCUUUGUCUCUACUGAUGAAAUCAAUAAAAUGGAAAAUUUAAAGCUCAAACAGGAAGGUGUUUCAGAUGGUCAUAUUGGUUUAAAACUUAGGAAGAAUAGUAACGGUGUUUGGGAAGUCAGCAAACCUGAGAAUACAAACACCUCUUCUGGUAAUAAUAGAUUGAAUGAGGAUCUUGAAAAUAUUGAACAUGUUAUUAUUCCAAUGAGCAGCAGUGACACUGGAAGUGGCCGGGAUGAAGAUGAUCCAAGUGUAAAUCAGGGUGGUGGUGGGCAUAUUGAUUAUUCUACUACCAAUGGUAUUGAGAUUGAUUCUGUGUUUAACAGUAAUAUUGAUUCAGCAUAUGGAUAUUCUGUUCAUAAUGCUUCUGCUCCAAUUGGUGAUGCAGAAGUUAUUGUUAUUAGUGAUUCAGAAGAAGACAACGAUGUAUUGAUGUCUCCAACUCCUAUAACCGGGUACACGAAUAAUCAAACUAGUGCUGCAGUUGAUGUUUACUCGGUGCUAGAGCCUGGAAUUCUUGAUUCAUAUACGGAAGAUCCCAAUCCUGGUGGAAAUGCAAGUUUAGGAGUUUUUAAUAGUCAUCCCAGUGAAGAUGAUUUUGGGAUGUCCUCCCUCUGGCCAUUGCAAUCUGGAACUCCAGCAGUCCCAGGAUUCCAAUUAUUUAGUUCUGAAGUGGAGGACGUGUCAGAUACAUUGGUUGGUUUGCAGAGUGGUAACAUCAAUUGCUCAUCGUCACUGAAUGGUUAUAUGUUGGCCCCGGAUACUGCUUUGGGAUCUAGCACUCUUAUGCCAGAUUCCUCGGUGGCUCGACCUGAUGAUGAUUUAAAUGGUGGCUUGGUUGACAAUCCACUGGCAUUUCCCAGAGAAGAUCCCUCCCUUCAGAUUUUUCUCCCUACAAAACCAGCAGAAUCAUCCAUUCAGCAUGAAUUGAGUGAUCAUGCGGACAUAUCAAAUGGUGUCUUCACGGAGGAUUGGAUCACUCUUAGUCUUGGAGGUGGUGCUAGUGGCCGUAAUGGUGAUGCUUCCACUGCAACUGGAUUGAAUUCCAGACCGCAAAUAGCAUCUGGAGAAGGUGCCUCAAAUUCCUUGACAGAUACCGCUCCUUUACACCUUGGUAUCAAUGAUGUUAGAUCUGACAAGGCGAAUGGGAAAAGAUCUGAUUCAGACAGCCCUUUCUCUUUUCCUCGCCAAAAACGUUCAGUAAGGCCCCGCCCAUAUCUUUCUAUUGCUUCAGAUUCCGAGUAGAGGAAAUGGAAGAUGAUGUGGUGAGGCACCUCUGGUAUUAUUUUUCCAUUGGUGGUGAAGGUGUAGGCUGCAAAGUUUCUCAAUUUUUUAUGCUUGAUAUUCAAGUUGUCCAUAUGACAUAAUGAAAAGGUCAGGGGCAUGCUUUUAUUCCCCAGUUUUCAGCCAGGAACUGAUGAUACUGGUAUAUAGUGCUGUAAAGAUUAUUGUAUCUGCAAUUUUGUUUCUGCUGAGAGUAAUUAAUCUGUAAAUGUUAAGCCAGCAGAUUUAAUAGUAAAACCAAAAGUAGUUUAAUCUUAUUCACACCCAGGUAGUCACCCAAUUUUGUAAAAUAUGAUUGCCAAUAUUUGUAAUAUAUUUAGGCAGUAAAGUUACCUCCUGGAUUGUAUAUCCUGGAGAGGAUAAA